CUCACUGAAAAGAGAAGAGAAGAGAUGGAAGCAGUGAAAGCUUGGAGCUUGAGCUUGCAAUGGCGGCCAUUGAAGCACCUCUUCAAAACCUCAUCUUCCUCCGCCACCGCCUUCAGAGCAAGACGCUCUUCCUCUUCUUUUUCUUCUUCUCCGCUCCUUAUUCGCUCUUGUUCUUCCGCCGCCACCGCUACUAAUCCCAACGCCCGUAAUCGCCGCUCAUCCUCCUCCUCUUCUUCUACUACUUCUAGUCCGGAGUCAGUUCGAGCUAUUCGCUUGCAGAAGAUAGAAGAAUUGAGAAGCAAAGGGCUGGAACCGUAUGCAUAUAAGUGGGACAGGACUCACUCUGCUAAUCAGCUGCAAGAGACUUAUAAAAAUUUAGAAAAUGGCGAAGAGAUGAAUGGUGAGAAAGACAAUGUAUCAAUAGCCGGAAGAAUUGUGGCUCGUCGAGCAUUUGGAAAGCUUGCAUUUCUCACUCUAAGAGAUGAUUCUGGGACAAUUCAGCUUUAUUGUGAAAAGGCGAGAUUUUUAAGUGAUCAGUUUGACCAGCUUAAGAAUCUUGUUGAUAUUGGUGACAUACUUGGUGCUAGUGGCUCAAUUAAGCGAACUGAGAAAGGGGAGCUUUCUGUCUAUGUGAACUCUUUUGCAAUUCUCACAAAAUCUCUACUGCCCUUGCCAGACAAAUAUCAUGGUCUAACUCAUGUGGAUAAGCGUUACCGGCAACGGUACAUUGAUAUGAUUUCCAAUCCUGAAGUAGCAGAUGUAUUUCGGAAGAGAGCAAAGAUUGUAUCAGAGUUACGCAAGACAGUGGAAUCUUUUGGAUUUCUCGAAGUUGAAACUCCAGUUCUACAGGGAGCAGCUGGUGGAGCAGAAGCAAGACCAUUUGUUACCUACCAUAAUUCGCUAGGAAGGGAUCUUUAUUUGAGGAUAGCAACAGAGCUCCACUUGAAGAGGAUGCUGGUUGGAGGGUUUGAAAAAGUUUAUGAGAUUGGUCGAAUAUUCAGAAAUGAAGGAAUUUCAAAUCGUCAUAAUCCAGAAUUUACCACCAUUGAGAUGUACGAAGCAUAUUCAGACUAUGAAAGUAUGAUCAACAUGGCUGAGGAAAUUGUUACUCGAUGUGCACUUGUAGUUCAGGGGAAGCUUACUGUUGAUUACCAGGGAGAGGAGAUAUGUCUUGAACGACCUUGGAGGAGGGAAACCAUGCACAACCUUGUUAAAGAAGCAACUGGAAUCGAUUUCCAUGAAUUGAGCAGCGACCUUGAAGCUGCUAAAGAAAUCACUCUCAGGACCCUUGAGAACCUUGGUAAUAAAGAAAAGUCCUCCAUUGGAGCAUGCCCAUCUGUCGGCCACGUUCUUAAUGAGGUUUUCGAGAUAGUUGUUGAAUCAAAGCUUAUUCAACCUACAUUUGUCUUGGACUAUCCAGUUGAGAUAUCUCCUCUAGCAAAGCGACACAGAAGGCAUGUUGGGUUGACUGAAAGAUUUGAGCUUUUCAUAUGUGGUCGUGAACUGGCCAAUGCUUUCUCAGAAUUAACAGAUCCUGUUGAUCAGCGAGGACGGUUGGAAGAGCAAGUAAGGCAACACAAUGAGAAGAGAGCAGAAUCUCUUUCGAAAGCUGAUAGAACCGAAGAGAAGAAAAAGGAAAAUGAGGAUGAUGAGUCCUAUGAAGUAACACUUGAUGAUGAUUUCCUAACAGCUUUGGAAUAUGGAAUGCCUCCAGCUUCAGGAAUGGGACUUGGAAUUGACAGGUUAGUCAUGCUUUUAACAAACGCAGCCAGUAUUCGAGAUGUGAUUGCUUUCCCAGUGCCUCGGAAUCAAGAAUAGGCGCUUGGAGAAAGGCCCGACAACUUGGAUUGGAUUCGAUUGGAUUAGAUUAGCCUACACUUCAAGUAAUAAUUUCUAUUAUAUUGAGUGAUGAUGAGUGACAUUUCAGAGGCUUCUCAUUUUUUUCGUGAAUAAAUACUUAAAUAUUUAUUUGCAACAUAAAAGAGUAGCUCAAAUGAUUUUUAAUUAAAUUCAUAAGUGAUUGACACAA